CCUUCCGUGCCGGCAGGUUCCUUGCUUACCGAGCCGUUGCCCCUCGUGUCCUCCUGGCGGAAGUCGCGGCUUCACGCGCGCGUCCUGCCGUCGCUGCCUGCUUCGGCGCCGAUCCUUUCUCGGGCUCUCGCCUCCCUCUGGUGCGCGGCGCUAUGAAGCACCUGCCGUAUUUCUGCCGCGGCGAGGUGGUGCGGGGCUUCGGGCGAGGCUCUAAGGAGCUGGGCAUCCCCACAGCAAACUUUGCUGAGGAAGUGGUGGAUAGUUUCCCACCUGAUAUCUCUACUGGCAUAUACUAUGGAUGGGCUUGUGUUGGAAAUGGAGAUGUGCAUAAAAUGGUCUUGAGUAUAGGCUGGAAUCCAUAUUACAAAAACGUCAAGAAAUCUGUGGAAACGCACAUUAUUCACACCUUCAAGGAAGACUUCUAUGGAGAAAUACUUAGUAUAAUCAUUAUUGGAUACAUAAGACCAGAAAAGGACUUUGAUUCUUUAGAUGCACUUAUAGCAGCUAUCCAAGGUGACAUUGAAGAAGCCAAAAAAACUCUGGACUUGCCAGAACACCAGAAAUUAAAAGAUGACAACUUCUUUCAAACUGCUAAUACUAGCAGUUUGCCUAAUGGUCACUGAGUGAUUAUGUGUUCUUCAUUUGAAUUGUAACUGUUUAAAUUGCACUUGAUCUUUUAGCAGUUGUCAUUGUUUAGAGAAAAAUGUUCUGACUGAAUUCCCUGUUGCUUAGCAGUUUUGUAUCCUUUAGCAAUAUAGUAAAAAGGUAGCCAAAUGAACUUUAAAAUAACACUACUCAUUUUUAAAAAUUAACAGUUUGUUAACCAAACAAGUUAGAAACGAAGGUUUUAUCAUGUGCAAUGCAAGAUGAGCAAACUGUCUGUUACAAGGUCAUGCAAGGCUGGGCAAAAGUCAAGUUUUACAGUCAAAUCAUAUUUAAACAUUUCUAAUGAUACUUACCUAUCUUUAAUGAAAAUACAUUUCCUGAUUUUCAAAUCAGACCAGCAUGUCAAAGCAGCCAUGCUAGAAAUUUUUGUAGUGGGGGAAAUCCUGUAGCAAGUAGAGGUGGUUGAGUAGUUGUUACAGUCUUAGAAAAUAAAACUAUUCCUGUUUUAGAUGAUUUUAAUGAAUUAAAAAGGAAUGAGUUGAAAUUUGGCAAGGAAUGAUCCUAUGGCUCCUAAAUAAGUGUCUGAGGGUCCACAGGAAUUUUCAGAUUCCCAGUGUUGAUACUGGAGGCGGUUCUCUGAUCUUGGAGCUGGGAGUCAGAGCUCUGCUUCCCUUCCCCGCUCCCUUGCAGUCAACACCGAAAGAACAACAUCAGCUGCUGAGGUGGGAAAGUGACACCAGAGAGGGGUAAAAGGGAGUGUGGAGGUGAGGAGACUGCAGGGAUUUGCAGCAUACAAGGUAUCAAGAAGCCACUCCAUCCUCCCUUUCCUUUUGAGGCUUUCCAACCCAGGGUGAAAAAGUCUGUCUAGUGAAGUCAGUGCAGGAGUGCAGGGAGGUGAAGAUAAUUUCUGAUGCUGUUCAUGCCCUGUAUUGGGUGCUUGUAAGCCCCUGAAUUCAGGGACUUAUGGACAUACCAACAGGACUUUGGCCAUAAUCAUUUUGGACCCAUUAAAAUGAGGCUGAUUUCCUCUUAAGUUAAUGCAGUUUUUUUUAGCUAUCAGUAAAGUUUACCUUUCACAUUUUCUUUUAAUGUGAGGUGCAAAAGCCCUGAUUUCAGUGGCAUCCAGUUUUGAAAUACAGAUCUUUCUGAAUCAUAUUUUGAACAUGAGAUAAUAAAGAAUAUUCUGUUGAGACUUUUCCCACUAAAUCCACUUGAUGCAACUUUGCUGUUGAAAUCUGAUCUGAUGAGCAGAAUAUUUAGUGGCAAAUUGCUAACUCACUUGGAAGAAGUUCUGAUGAACACACACACAGGGUUUCUUUUACUGCUGCAUAAUUGUGGCAGUUAGCUCUUGGUGCAACCUUUUGUUUGGGCAUGAGCACUAAUUACCUACAGUGCCCAAACCUGAAGUUUUAUAGGGUGUAGCUUGUAUUCUUGAUUUGUCCUUGUGUUUCCAGCUUUUAUGUUAUCUGUAUGGGUAUAUCAAGGAGGAUUUUGUUAUCCUGGGCAAAACUGUUUUUAUGAUUUUUUUUAAACCUAAUUGUUAUUAAAUUGUGUAUUUAAUUAUGGUUCUGUAUAAACAUGACUAAAAGUUCUAUAAUGAAACUUGAUGCUGCCUGACAAAAUGGAAUACUGGAAGGGAGAAUGCUGCGUAAAAGCCUGUUCAGUCUGAAAAGAGGGACUGAUGUACAGGAAUGCAAUACUUUUAUAGGUAUAAUUUGUGUGUGCAGAGUGGAUUAGCUGUGGCAAGUGCUGCCAUAGUUACUUUCAUCCAUGUUUGAGCACAAAAGUACACUCAUUUGAGAACUGUGCUGUUGUCAGGCUUCAUGAGUCAACUUUUGUGUGUACCGUUCAUAUGUAAAUGUACAAAUUGCAAGCAUACAAAGGAUUGCACAGGGACCAGGGCCUGCCACUGUGAUAGUGUUUUCCCCUUAUACUGUCUAUGUACAUUCACUAUAGGAAACAUAUGUGUCUCAUUUGAGAAUGUUUCCUUUGUGCUGCUGAUUUGCAAGGAACUUAAGUCCCUUCCCUCUUUAUUUUAUUGAAAUGCCUGUAUAUUCAGGUGUGGGAGAUGCAGUUAAGCUUAAAUGCCAGAUUCUGCCAUUAGUAAUUUUCCCCAUAUGUUUAUUCGUUGUAGCCAAAACUCUUUGGGCAGCUCACAGCAUGUUAAAGAUAAUAUAAAACUUUUAACACCGCAAUCUACCAAAAAUAGGAUUUGGCACAUUUUAGAUUGGCUUAUUAGCCCACCAUAAUUUGAGGCUGCCCCUGAGCCCUCAAAGGUUCUUCUGUGGCAGAGAACAUCUUGGAUCAUGCAAGCAUCUGACUUGUAGCAGCAAGUUUCAUGGUAUUUCAGUUAGCUCCAAGGCCUAAAGUGCAAAGUAAGAAUACUUAACUGAUUAUGGGUGGUUUAUUUUUUCACAGCACAUGGACUUUGGAGCUGGCAAAAGUGCUUCUGCCUCCUUCAGAGUUCACUACUGCUGCUUGAGAACCAGUUUUCCAGAUCCAGAAUAGAGAGAUACUUCCUGCUAUGCUGACCAUAGGGCUGGGAUAAAGGCCCCAGGCAAGCAGAUUUAAGGAGGUGAAGGCUCACAAAAUCUUUAAGAAAUACUAGCAGUUGGAAGUAAGCGUAGUCUCUUACCAGACCCAUAACAUGAUCAAAACUCUGCUUAGUUCUGAAUGUGUUACCUACGUAUGAUUGCCACUUGGCUUAUUUUAGAAUUUUGUCUUAGAAUUUUACAAAUAUGUGCCUUCUGAUUGGGUUUACUUCAUGAAACAUGGAUGCUACUCUAAGACUCAUUACAUGUAUUUGGAGUAUUAGUAGAAUAUGGUAGUGGCAUUACAUAUAUUUGGUAAAUAGUAAUAAAGUAAAAUCCAGACAUUAUAGUUCAUUCAUCAGCCCUGACCUCCAAUGAGUAUGUAUUGAAUACUGUAUCUUUAUAUACUUGUAUUUAAAUCAAAUGAUUCAUUUUAAAACUGUCACUGUAAUUUUAUUAUUGUUUUAUUUUUUGUACUCAUGCCAAAAAAUAAAGUAUGGAAAACA